AUGUCUUUGAUGCUAUCCCAGCCGCCUUCUACUCACAGUCACAGCCCGUCCGCUCAGAGCGCGCGUCGCCUGAGCGUGGGUACAAAGACGAGAACAUGCGUCCACUGCGGCCGCAGCUUUCGACGCACCGAGCAUCUCGAGCGUCACGUUCGCACUCACACAAAGGAGAAGCCGUAUACCUGCUUCUGCGGGGCGGCAUUUUCCCGUCGCGAUCUCCUCAAGAGACAUAUGGGGAUCACCGGCCAUGAAGACAGCAGCCCACCGAAUGCGAAGAACACUUCUCCCAAAUCCCAGCACAGAACAGACCACGACACAAAGCAGCGAAUUCGUCGAGCAUCGACAACGGUGCGACCACGACGCACUUCGUCUGUCCAGGAUUCCGCUCAACAGGAUACCGUCCCACCAUCGCCUGAGGAUGCCGAAGUUCCCCAAUGGCCGAUGCACCAGGGCACCUACAUGAAACAAGAAGAUAACGGCCUGCUCGACUCUACGAUAAACGAUGCUACGCAUGACCCAGAGGUCCUUGAAGCAGCCCAACUGUUACUCCCGAAUGGUCUCCCCCAUAGUUUCGCAAACCACCCGAGCUAUUCGACCGCACAGUCAACUCCAACAACAACAUACUACCCCGAAGAAACGCACCACUUCGAAGAUUUUACGAACUUCUUAGACUCGAUCGGAUUACCCGUCGACUGGCCCCCCGGCAGUAGCGAAGCCCACAGCAAUCACAAUAACCAACUUCCCUCAGAGGUCGCAGAACCAGGUCUCCACCCAUUCUUCCGUGAGCGCGAGCGAGAACGAUCACGAGGAAACUCCCCUUUCCGAUCAUGGCUCCCCGGCGUGACUCCGGGGGAUCACCAGAGCUACGGGAUGCUUUCAGACUACGGGAAUUUCCACCAUUACUAUCACCCUCCGGAAGACAUUGCGCGGGUCGUGGUGCCUAAUCUUUGA